UAAUGCGCAAGGCGGGGCGUUCUGUGAGUGGAGGUGGGACGCGCGGUGUCACUUUCCGGAAGUGCCCCGAGCUCCUGGGGCGCCCAGAGGCGUCAGAGGUGAGCUCACUCCUGGCUGGGCUGGGCGAGCUCCGAGAGCGCCCCCAAGCCUUCGAACCCAGAACGUCGAAAGACCCUCCCCUUUCCUGUGUCAGAGACCAACACGCCCAACUCUAAGGUUCUCCUUGACAAGACAGGUGCCCCAGGAGAGCCGGUUUCAAUCCAGAACCUAAGGACUGGGACGCAAGUUGCAUUUUACGACUCCACACAAUACAGGCUGUUUGGUUUGGCUUUUGCUUGCUAAAGCAGUGCGUGCAUCCACAGCGCGCAGUCACCACACCCAUCUGGGAGCGCACCCGGGCUUUCAGCUCCGUCCCAGGUGAUGUACUCAGAUCCCAGAGCCAACUCUUCAGACAACACAACCUGAUCUGCCUUCUGCCUAAAACCUCAGGGCUCCAGGUCACUCUGAACAAUGGUCCUACCUGUGCCCUCCUGACCCUUUGCUAGGGGAACCACCUUCAUCUCCCAUAGUUCUCUGCCACACCCAAUGUUUGAACCAGCCAUUUGCAGUUUCCUAGAAGAAGGUCCUCGGACACCUUCCACCCAGGCAUUUAUCCUUAAGGCGUCCUCCAGGUCCCUGUUGUCAGCUCCAAAAAGACCCUUCCAAACAAGAAUGCCAUCGCCUCUGGGCCCCCCACACCUAUCCGCCAGGGACUCCAAGACCACCACUGAGGAGCCUGAGGCUGCGCGACUCAGAUUCCGGGGUUUCUGCUAUGAGGAGGUAGAGGGGCCCCGAGAGGCGCUGUCCCGGCUUCGAGAGUUGUGUCACCAAUGGUUGCAGCCUGAGUCACGCUCCAAAAAGCAGAUGAUAGAGUUGCUGGUUUUGGAGCAGUUCCUUGGUGUGUUGCCCCCUGAGAUCCAGGCCUGGGUUCGAGGGCAGCGACCAGGAAGCCCUGAGGAGGCUGCAGCCCUGGUUGAGGGGCUGCAACAUGAUCCUGGGCAGCUGCUGGGCUGGGUCACAGCCCACAUCCUGAAGCCAAAGAUGCUUCUUACAGAAGCAAAGACAAAGGAGUCUUCAGGGAGCCACCACGUCUCAGUAGCAAUGGAGUCCCCCAAGGCAGGUCCUGCAGAGGCACCACAGGAUGCGGGGAUAGACAGAUCUACGCAGAUCGAUUGCAGUGUGAAGGAGGAAGCCGGUGCUGAUGGACAGGAGAUAGUAUCCCCAAGUCCCCUGCUUCCAGGCCAGAUUCCUGAGGGACACCGUGGAUACCAAGAACCAGCCUCCACGUCCUCCCACCCAGGAAGGGUCCAGAAGGAGUGGGGCCUGUUGGACUCAUCACAAAAAGAGCUGUACUGGGGCGUGAUGCUGGAGAAGUAUGGCACAGUGGUGUCCCAGGCAAGCCUGCCACUGCUAGAGCCAGAUAUACAAGUUGAGUCUGAGCGGAGGCCAAAACGGGAGACCCCACACACAGGACCAGAGUCCCUCAGGAGCCAUUUCCCAGAAGUGGGAGCCAUUGCAGGUCCAGAGCUAGUUCAAGCCUGCACAUCCUCUCCAAGCGAGAGCCGGAGCCCUUGCAAGGACCCUUCAGGCUUGUCUCCCAUACGACUGCUUGAAGCCCCUGCUAGGCCGGCACCUCGGAAGCUGUACACUUGUGAGCAGUGCGGCCUCAGCUUCGAUUGGAAGUCUGUUCUCGUCAUCCAUCAUCGCACACACUUGCGUGGGCCAGGCCUGGAAAGGCCACCCCAGAUGUCCCGGGAGCCAGCCAUUCGGUGCUCCGCUGGCCUUCGGGGCUAUGUGUGUGUGGAGUGUGGGCGCAGCUUCAGCUGGAAGUCACAGCUGGUCAUCCACCGCAAGAGCCAUGCAGGCCAGAGGCGCCACUGCUGCCGGGACUGUGGGUGCAGCUUUGACUGGAAGUUUCAGCUGGUCAUUCAUAGGAAGAGCCACCAGCCAGAGGGCCCAUGAGCAGUGGGAGAAGGCUGUCUCACCUUGGGAGCCUCCAGCCCCUAAUGCAGCACUCCAGGCAUCCCCACCAUCCAAGAGGAGGCUCUGGGGUAUUCCAAGUGGAUCAUGGACCCCAAGAAGAUCCCUUGUCCAAAGUCAGACCACCUAGUGUAAGAAGAGGCUGUUUCCUUCUGCCCCUGCUUUCUGGAGCCUGGUCUGGCCUGAACCGUACUAAUCCAUGGCUGGGGUCCGGCAUGUGUAAGGGAAGGCCUCUCCCUGCUUUGGAAUGCUCAGAAACUGCCUUAGGUUCCUCCUUGCAGUGGCUGGGCAAGGUGUCUCUGUGGAAGGUACAGGAAACCACAGCUACCUUUCCAUCCUCUUGCAUGUGACCCUCAACUAACGUGCUAGAUUUUCAACAUAAGUUAUACGUCUAUAAGUAGAAUUUCUGAGGAAGAAUUCUGACUUCUGGCUUCCACUGAUCAAAAGAGCAGCCUUGUGUGCUGGCUGACCAGCUACAGGAACCACCAGGCCGCUGAGCCCAGACAGUGCAAUUAGUCACUUCUCUCCUCCAGUCUACCUAAUUCCUUGGCCAUACACAUCGCUCACCACCCCUCUGGCCUAUGAAUUCCUGAACCUGGUCUUGGAUGAACAAUAAGGGACUUUCCUUUAUGAGUGUGAGGGGAUAUGAGUGGCUUCUGAGAAGGUAGACAACACAUGGGUGCCUCAGGCCAUGCGUGCCUCCAGGUCAGGCCUACACCCCACACAACCAGGUUCAUCAUUAAACUGGAGGGAACUGUGACCCUCAGGACAGACACUUA